AUGAGCCUCGAAGGAAAGUUGAUUUCAGAGAUAAACAUAAAGAGUGAUGGAGAUGUGUUCCAUGAGAUCUUUAGGCAUAGACCACACCAUAUCUCAAACAUGUGUGACAAAAUACAAAAUGUAGACAUUCAUGAAGGUGAAUGGGGAACUAUUGGCUCUGUCAUUUCUUGGUACUUCACUCAUGAUGGGAAAGAAAAGGUUUCAAAGAAUAUAAUUGAAGCCAUAGAUGAAGAAAAGAAGUUGGUUAAAUUCAAAGUGACUGGAGGAGAUAUAUUGGAGGAAUACAAAGCAUGCUCUUUUACUGUUCAUGUUGAGACAAAGGAUGAAAAUAACUUAGUUACUUGGAUCGCAGAAUAUGAAAAGAAGAAUGAAAAUAUGCCAGAUCCACACACAUAUAUGGAACUUCUUCUCAAUAUGUCCAAAGAUAUUGAGACUCACCAUCUCAACUGAUAAAUAAAUAUUGCUACAUAUGUAUACUUAUGUUGUUUGGACUCUUUGAUAAU